AUGUUCACACAACCAGUCUCGUCUCCUCCUCCGGGACCCCAGACUGCCAACCCCGUGUCGCCGUCUCGACCAAGUCGACUGCGAGGAUUGAGUUACCUGCGCAAUUACACCCACAGCCAUCUUCUAUCUCGGGAUUCCCACCACUCAUCGUCCAACGGAAACGCCAACGCAUCUCCUCGCAGUACGACGCAGAACGGUAAUUUGACCCGCUCUGUCAGCUACACCCCCUCGUCGACAUUGUCCGCCGCUUCGCAUAAUCCCAAUCGUCUGACUCUCGUGAGCUCUUCCCCCGACGCAACACCAUCACGCCCGUCGCAGCAGCAGCAGUCUGCAGACAGCAACGGAAAUUCAUCUAGCAGUCCUCCGCCGACUAUUCCUGAGUCGGAGUCUACGCCCCCGCAGACUUCGGCCACGAGCCUGAACGUCUCGCCAGACACAACUUCCACCAACGGCCAAACGAACAUGGCGGGAACGAGAGCUCGUGCCGCGAGCAGCGCUGACGCCACCACCGCCGCAUCAUCUUCUGCUCAUGGCGCUGGUGCUGCCAAUAAUGGUGCAUCCGAGACAGUCCCUUCAAUACGGUUUUCUGCCUACUACGACCCUCGCUCGACACGGCCAUCACUUUCCUUUCCCCCGAUUACGCGGACCUUACCAAAUGGCACCGAAGUUAUUCGUGUUGGGCGAUAUUCGGAGCGAGAUGGCCAGGCUGCGCACAUGAAUAGCAACCAGCCAUCUGCUGCACCGGUGGGCUUCAAGAGCAAGGUUGUGAGCCGGAGACACUGCGAAUUCUGGUGCGAAGAUGGCAAGUGGUUCAUCAAGGACGUCAAGAGCUCUUCAGGAACCUUUUUGAACCACAUUAGGCUGAGCCCUCCAUCCCAGGAGAGCAAGGCCUAUCCAGUCAACGACGGCGACAUUGUUCAACUGGGCAUUGAUUUCAAGGGUGGCGAAGAGAUGAUUUUCCGAUGCGUCAAAAUGAGAUUAGAGCUGAACCGCGGUUGGCAGAACAAGCUGAACAGUUUCAAUGUUGCGGCUCAUAAACGACUUCGAACCAUGGCAUCAAGCAACGCUGCUGCCGGUGCAGCUGGAUCGAGCUCUCAGGAUUGUUCCAUCUGCCUCAAUUCUAUUGCCCCCUGUCAAUCUCUAUUUGUUGCGCCCUGCUCACACACCUGGCACUUCAAAUGCGUGCGGUCACUUCUAACCUCGCCGCAAUAUCCCAUCUUUGUUUGCCCAAACUGUCGUGCGGGUGCAGAUCUCGAAGCCGAUGUGGAAGAACCAUCGGAAGAAUGGCAGCAACUCGAUGAUGAUGAUGAGAUGGAUACAGAUAAGAAGGAAGCUGAAAAUCCCCAACCAGAGCAAUCUUCUGCACCUGAGAGCCCUGCAGAAGCUGCGGAAGCACAGGACCCCGAUGCCAUGGAUGUUACUGUGAGCGUCAACAUGGCGGACAGCCCUGCUGGGAGACCCGCGGGAAACCUGCCUCACACAGCCUCAGAGCCGUUACCUAUCAGGAAUCCAGCCUCAGGUUCGGGACGUGUAGGUCACCUACGGGAGAACCGAUCUCCAUCACCGUCAUCCAGCGGUGCGGAAGGUCCAAUCACGCCACGGAACAAUGCUGGACCAUGGGUAUUCGACGGCAGUGCAGGGCAGCGUCCUGCUGAUGGCAACCCAGAAAUGAGGAGCCUAGAUGCUGCAGCGGAAAUGGAUGUCAGCGGCGCCAAUCAUAGCGACGAUUCUAGCCGCUGA